AUGGACGAGAAAGACGCACCAGUUGAUCUUAUUGUGGUGGGAGCAGGAAUCGGAGGACUAUGCGCUGCGAAGACGUAUUUGGAGCUUGCGCCUGGAAGCAAUGUCAUUAUCCUCGAAGCUAGGAAGACACUGGGAGGCGUAUGGGCCGAAGAGAAUCUAUACGAAGGCCUGAAGACGAACAACCUCUACGGGACUUAUGAGUACUCCGACUACUACAUGGACCCCAAGAUCUACGACGUGAAAGAAGGCUGGCACAUUCCCGGUAGAGUCAUGUACGAUUAUUUGACAGACUAUGCUCGGCAUUUCGAUAUCCUACGAUGUAUCCAUUACCUGACCACCGUCGACGAGAUUGAGAAGCUGCAAGAUGGAUGGCUGCUUAGGACAAACUAUGCCAAUGGAAACGGAUCCAUGGAGAAGACGUACCGCAGUAAGAAGCUCAUCAUGUGCCACGGGCUUGCAUCGCGACCAAAUCCAGUGAAUCUGCCCGGACACCAAAACUUCGAUCGCCCAGUCUUCAAUCACGGUGCCCUAAGACAACAAGGCGAAGCACUAGCCAACGAUCCAAACGUCAAGUCAGUCACAGUAGUAGGGGCUUCAAAGAUAGGAUACGACGCAGUCUACAUGUUCGCCACGCAUGGCAAGAAAGUCGAUUGGGUGGUGAGAAAGUCUGGAGGUGGACCAGUAUGGAUGAGCUCGCCAUGGGUCAAGCUAGGGCCAUGGACCGUAAUGCUGGAGCAUGUCGCGUGCAUGCGCUUCUUCACUUGGUUUAGCCCUUGUAUUUGGGGUUGCUAUGACGGCUUUGGCUGGAUACGGGGCUUCCUGGCUCGGACGCGGAUUGGGAGAUGGUUGACGGAUAAUCUGUGGGAGAAGAUGCGGUUCGAUGUGGUGGACUUUAACGGCUAUAGAAAGGAGGAGCAGCUGAAGCAUCUGGAGCCAUUCGAGAGUCUCUUCUGGUCCGCCCGUGUAGGCAUCCUCAACUACGCAUCCGACCCCCACGACCUCCUCCGCUCCGGCCAAGUGACCCUGCACAAAACCGACAUAACCCUCUCCCCCAACGGCACCAUCACCCACGACGACAACACAACCCACCAAACCGACGCCGUAAUCCAAAUCACCGGCUGGCAACUAACCCCAACAAUCACCUGGUCACCCCCAGGCAUCGACGCCUCCAUCGGCAUCCCCAGCAAAACCUACACGCCCUCCGAACUCGACUUCUGGGCCUCCCUCGACGCCCGCGCCGACGCGCACAUCCUCCGCCAAUUCCCCCGCCUCGCCCACCCUCCGGCGAGAAAACUCCCCUUCACCCAACCCAUCACGCCCAUGCGCCUCUAUCGCGGGAUCGCCCCGCCGGGCCUAACCGCCACGGGCGACCGCUCCCUCUGCUUCCUCAAAAUGGUGCACUGCACCUCGAACCUGAUCCUCGCAGAAACCCAAGCCCUCUGGACCUUCGCAUACCUCUCCGGCAACCUCGCCAUCAACGAGGCGGACGUGUACUGGCACACGGCGCUGACGAGCCGCUUCGGCGGGUGGAGGUAUCCGUGGGGGUUCUCGCGGUGGUAUCCGGAGUUUGUGUACGAUGCUGUGCCGUAUGCGGAUAUGUUGCUGGGGGAUUUGGGGGUGCGGAGGCAUAGGAAGGGCGGGUGGUGGAAUUGGAGGGAGUGGUUUGAGGGGUAUACGGUGCAUGAUUAUAGGGGGAUUAGAGGGGACGGUAAUGGGGAUGGAUAA